CAAACGUAGAUACGGCCGGCAACAUGCAUCCCGAUCUCACAGAACGCAUCCUACAGCAUUUGGAGGCAGUCGACAAAGUUGAUACACUAGAACUUGCCACGCAAUUCAGCGUUGACCAUCAGAAAGUUGUCGGCGCCUUAAAGAGUAUACAGGCACAUGGUGAUCUUGUUAUUGCUGAGACAGCCACAAAGAAGAACCUUGAACUAACGGAAGAAGGCCAAUCCGUGGUUGAGAAAGGCAGCCAUGAGGCCAUCGUCUAUUCUUUGGUGCCGGAGGAGGGCAUAGCUCAAACAGCUCUGAUGUCUCUUGGUGGAGCCAAUGCUAAAGUGGGCUUCAGCAAGGCCAUGUCCCAGGGAUGGAUCUUGUUAGAUAAGAGUGUAAGUCCGCCGCUGGUUAGGCGUAAAGUUGAUCAGAUUAUCGACAAUGUAAAGGAGCAGCUGGUGCUGGUGGCUAGCGGCAAUGCGCGAUUGACUGCUAAAGAUGUGACUGAUUACAAGAAGCGCAAACUGCUGCAAGAGACAACCAUAAAGAGCUUUAUUUUGAGCAAGGGUCCAGAGUUUGCCACAACACUGACCAAGCUGGAAACGGAUCUUACCAUGGAUAUGUUGACCAGUGGGCUAUGGCAGCAGCUUAAAUUCAAGUCAUAUAACUUUGAUGCAUUGGGCGCGACACCGACGCGUGGUCAUCUGCAUCCGCUACUCAAGGUACGCACUGAGUUUCGUCAAAUAUUUUUGGAGAUGGGAUUCUCAGAAAUGCCCACUAAUAACUACGUCGAGUCAUCAUUCUGGAAUUUUGAUGCACUGUAUCAACCGCAGCAGCAUCCGGCACGUGAUGCGCAUGAUACAUUUUUCAUCAACCAUCCGGCGCAAAGCCAUAAGUUUCCGCAGGACUACCUGCAACGGGUGAAGACCGUGCACUCAAAAGGUGGAUACGGAUCGUUAGGCUACGGCUACGACUGGAAGUUAUCGGAGGCGCAAAAGAAUCUGCUGCGUACCCAUACAACAGCUGUGAGCGCACGUAUGCUAUUCAAGCUGGCUAACCAAGAGGGUGGAUUCAAGCCGGCCAAGUACUUUAGUAUAGAUAAAGUGUUUCGCAAUGAGACUCUAGAUGCUACCCAUUUGGCUGAGUUCCAUCAAGUAGAGGGCGUUAUUGCAGACGUUGGUCUCACUCUGGGUGAUCUAAUUGGCACGCUUUACGAGUUCUUCCGAAAAUUGGGCAUAACUCAGCUAGAGUUCAAACCGGCAUAUAACCCGUAUACGGAACCCAGCAUGGAGAUUUUCUGUUAUCAUCCUGGUCUGGGCAAAUGGAUUGAAGUGGGCAAUUCAGGCCUAUUUCGCCCAGAAAUGCUGCAACCCAUGGGCCUGCCUGAGAAUGUUAAUGUAAUUGCAUGGGGUCUAUCUCUAGAAAGACCCACUAUGAUCAAGUAUGGUAUUAACAAUAUUCGGGAUUUGGUCGGACCGAAGGUCGAUCUAAAAAUGGUUGAAGAAGGCCCUAUUUGUCGAUUGGAUCACGUGUAGAGUUGCACUUGCUAUUUAAUCAUGCUUUUCCAAAUACAUGUAUUUGAACAUUUUAAUGCUCGCGCGUUUCGAACCCAUACCCAAUAAACCAACACUGCUUUGCAACACUGAUAGUUUCGGAGAAGUAACAUUACUGCCAAUCGAAAAAGUCAUCAUAAUAACAACGUAAACAAAAUAAAUAUUGAGACUAAG